CGCGCAUAAGAUCUUCAAGACCUUAGAGUUUGUAGGUGAUGGGAGGUUUCCAAUACAUGGCUCUAGAAGGAAAGCCAGCGAUGUCGCACUUGUUCACAGUUGGAUUUCUCUCUUGUUUACAAUUAUCAGGUCUACUCAGCCAUGGCUUUGUGAUAAGAAAUACCUCUAGCACGGAGGAGAGCUCCACCUCAACGAGCAAACCACCAUUCACUAAGAUUGGGGAUCCUUUUGAGUCUAUGCUCAGCACAGCAAAGUCAACUAUAGACUUAGGAACACAAAGUCAUAAUAGGAGCGAAGAAAUAAAGCCAGCGAAUACACCGCCAUGGGAAUUCCAACUGAAGUACGAGGAGUUAGUGAUACCAGGAAGAAACGUUUCUGAUAUUCUUGAAAUUGUAUUUAAGAACUAUGACAAAAGGAUUCGUCCAUUUUAUGGAGUACAAACACUCCACGUCGAUUUGGACAUGUUAAUUCUGUCAUUUGGAGAGAUUAGUGAAACGAGCAUGGAUUUUGAGGUGGACUUAUACCUUGGCCAGUUUUGGCAAGAUCCACGAUUGGCUUUCGGUAUCAACAGAACAAUUAUCCUUGGGGGAAUAGCAUGCGAAAAGUUUUGGUUACCUGACACAUUUUUCCUCAAUUCCAUCGAUACAAGAAUACACAGGAUGGUUUUCGCCAACAAGAAAAUAUGGAUAAAUCUGAUUAACGGAAGCAUGAUGCUAAGUGCAAGGUUGGUAACAAAAAAUUCGUGCAAGUUGGACCUUAGGAACUACCCACUGGAUGAGCAGACUUGUCACCUAGCCUUUGAAAGUUUUUCGUAUGAGGAAAAAGACUUGAAAUACAAGUGGCGAUCUCCGGUGGAGAGUUCGAUCUUCAUUUAUGACAAUGAAAUGGCACAGUUCGAUAUCGUGAGCGCCACGAGAUAUCUAAAACAUGCAGUCUAUCACUCUGACAUGUUCUCUGGUUUAACAGCGACUAUGAUAUUUCGUCGACGAUCCAUGUACUACAUUUUCCAAAUGUAUAUACCUUGCGUAUGUGUUGUAGCACUCUCUUGGGUCAGCUUUUGGAUAAAUCACGAGGCCGUUCCCGCCCGCGUGGCACUCAGCAUAACCACUGUAUUGACUAUCAGCUACAUGCGUGGAAACGUCAAUGCAGGGAUGCCACGUGUUUCUUACCUGAAGUCUAUUGACUACUUCUUACUUGGGGGAUUUGUUUUUAUCUUUAUGACGUUAUUAGAAUAUGUUCUUGUCCUGAAGCAAUCUCGCAAAGUACACUUGAUGAAUGACACUAAGAAGGAUGAUUGCAAGUUAAACGAAGAUAAAGAAAAUCCGGACCGAAGACCUCUUCUUGUAACAGUCGCUUUUGACGGCAAAAGCUACAAGUUCAGACAUUCUUUGGAAAACAUGGAAAAUGGUGCACGCUCUUCUUACCCAAAAAGGAAAAGCUCCCUGCACGAUCGUAAACGAAAGCAGAACCUGGCUACACGUUUAAAACCCUUCUUUGCCAAGAAAGGAGAUAAAAAGAACGAAGGAGUUAUACAGAGAGUAAAACGCAAAUUUAGGUCAGAAAAAGGAGUCCACUACUUAGACCAAUACUCAAGAAUUCUCUUUCCUCUAGGAUAUGCCGCCUUUUUGACUACCUACUUCGUUAUCUACAUGGAAGCUUUAUUUCAACGUGUGAGCGAGGAAAUGUCAUCAGGAAGGAUGCUUGCGUUGGCGUUACUGAUCGUCGAAUGUGUUGCUACAAACGUGUUAAAAAGUGACAAGCUCUCAGUAGCAAAGAAUAGGACGCUUAUACAACCAGGAAGGAAUAUGUCUGAAUUAAUCAAUUUGAUCAUGAGGAACUACGAUCGCAACAUGCGGCCUUUUUAUGGAGUGACCGGUGUUGAUGUCAAAGUGGACAUCCUCAUCUUAUCAUUUGGGGAAAUUCAAGAGGCAAAUAUGGAGUUUAGUAUGGAUCUAUACCUAGGCUUGUUCUGGCAGGAUCCUAGACUUGAUUUAGGUCUUAACCGAUCUUUAACACUGGGAGGCGACUUCGCUGAUAAAUUCUGGAUUCCAGACACUUUCUUCGUAAAUUCAGUUCAAACCAGUGUCCAUGAGACUAUCCUUCCAAACAAGAAAGUUUGGGUAAACCUGAAUGGAGGUCACAUGAUGCUGAGUGCCCGGAUGAAAUCUACAGCUUCCUGUAAAAUGAACUUGCGCAACUAUCCAAUGGAUGAUCAGAUUUGUCAUUUAGCUUUGGAAAGUUUUUCUUAUGACAGAGACGAUCUAAAAUUCACCUGGAAGAAAGAAGUCGGGACUGAAAUCUAUAUAUACGACAAGGAAAUGGCUCAGUUUACAGUCAUUAACGCGACGAGGAAGCUCAAGCAUCCAUUAUACCACUCAGAAUCAUUCUCUGGUCUAACAGUGACCAUACACUUUCAACGUCGUACCAUGUAUUACAUCUUCCAGAUGUACAUACCAUGUGUGUGCAUCGUAGCUCUGUCGUGGGUCAGCUUCUGGAUUGAUCCAGGCGCGAUUCCAGCACGUGUUGGCCUCAGUAUCACCACAGUGUUGACGAUCUGUUAUAUGCUCGGCUCUGUGAACUCAAAUCUGCCGCGAGUGUCCUACCUCAAAGCUAUUGACUACUUUCUACUGAUGUCGUUUGGAUUCAUUUUUCUUACUCUGGUGGAAUACGUAUUUGUUCUGAGGUAUUCAAGAAGGAUGAAGUAUGUUGGAAGCUUCUCUCCCGGUGAAAGGUCCCAUGAUGAUUUCUCUACAGAGGAUUGGGCUGAUAACUAUAGCAAAAUGGAGAUACGAAUUUGCAUGGGAGGCAAAUCGUACGUCUUUACAGACUCUUUAGAUAACGUUAUAGGCUCAUCCAAAGGCAGGGAAAACGGAAGAAUUUUCAAACAUAAUGGCACUAAGAGACCGAUCAAAACUUGCAAUCACACGAAGCCAAUUUUCAGGAAAAAGAGAGACAACCAAAGAACACUAAUGGAAAAAAUAAAGGAAACGUUUCGUUGCACUCUGGAUGGGAAUCAAAUAGACAGAUAUUCAAGAUUUAUAUUUCCUUUUUGCUACUCACUGUUCUUGACGAUAUAUUUUGUUGGAUUUGUUUUUGGUAGUCAAGGUGUUCACAACCUUCCUGAAGGAAAGACGAUGUAUUGACAAUCACGAAUUGCUAGCACGAUAUUCAGUGUCCUUCACAAUGUCAAGUUCGUAUCAUCGUUGAAUCUGCCUCGUUUUAGUGUUUAAGGACUCAUUCGCAAUCAAAGAGAAACUUUCCAGGCGAGACAAGACUCUGGAUGAAGAAAGGGAGGGCUGUGACCUGUGAUUACCCUGAAUAAAUCCAAAUAAGCAGAAAAUAAGUUUGUAGUGAAAUAUUUAAUGCAUUUUUUUUUUUACUUUUCACUUGAAAGAGGACAUUUUUGAAUAGACAUACUUUUUUAACAACGAACAUGAAGUUGUCACAACAUGGAAUGCUUUUGUCGCUGUUCACUUUGCGCUGGAGGAUCUGCGCAUUUAUGGAAGAAUCAUCACGGUGACUUUUUGCACAAGCAUUCAUGAUAAUACUCAAUAACACAUAAUCCAAUUGGAUAUUUCUUGCACCAUGAAACGAGGGCUUCAGGACACUUAAAACAAUGUACAUUGCGAAUCAAUCUUUAAACCUGCAUAAAAUAAAUAUAUAAUACAAUCGCGUUGAGGAUGUAAAAGCGGACGGUAGAUAUAUUCUCGAGCUAAACUCUAAGCACCCUUCCUUCCGUUACAGCUGUUGUAAAUAAAUAACAAGGUAAGUACAGCUGUGUCCAGCCACGCAUUUUCCAUUUAGAAGGUAAAAGAACCGUUGGAUCUUUUCUUUACCAAUUUUUAAUUUGAUUUUCGCCAUUUUUCUCAAAGCUAUACCUAAAAAAAAGAGGGCGCGUAUGCCAUUCGAAGCCUUGUGUGUGUUUUAAUAGUUUUACGUGAGCCGCCAUGACAUAAAAACAUGCAUAUGCAGGAGAUCAGUAAUAAGACCUCUCCAUCAGUUAUUGAACUAUAGACUAGAAAUACAGAAAACCUCACGGAACACUGUCCCGAUGAAACGGCAACUAAGACGGCAGUGACCAGCAUUGCGCACCGACAGAUCAAGUUGAAGUUUGUCCUGAUCAAAAAAGAGUAUAACCCUUAAGAUUAUCUUUCCGAUAUGAUAAAUGAUGCUGGGAUGAUGAUGUUGAAGAAAUUUUUGCAAUGUGUUGAGUCCGUGAAUUUACUAAAUAACGCAUAUUAUUAUC